AUGGCGUCCACCGCUUUCAGCCUCAAUAUCCCCCAAGACACUGCAGACGAUGGCUCACUCCCCAACAAGCGACAGCAGGAUCCUGUAAUACCCCCCGACAGCGGCCUGUUGUCUGCUGUAGAGGAGACCUGUGUUGCCGUAGGGUCGCAUUACCGUCGGAAGCUGCUGGACGCGUUGAGUGGCAUCGAAGGGCAUAAACUGUUGCUCCUCGAGGAAAGUCUUGCUGCUGCAGUCUCUUGCUUGGUAGACGCCGCAGCGCUGCAGCAACAUGGGGUGGAACGGUGCUUUGCACUGGGUGCCUUCCCGCUCUCAGUGUCUUCCGUCCCCUCGCAAACGGCUCUAGCCCCAACGGUUCUCUUUCUCUGCCGUCCAAGACUCUCGCGUCUGCCUCUCAUCAUCCGCCACAUGGCACAAAUAGAGGGCUCAUUUCCUCAGGCGCAGGCUCCUGCAUCCGCCCACGCAGAGUCUUCAAACUGUCCUCCUGCAGCGGAGGAAGCCCUGUGGAGUUUCCCUCUGCCCCCAGCCACAUCCAAGAGCGGCCGGAGGUAUGUUGUGGCAUUCAUCCCCAAUCCUUCAGAGUUCCUUGCAGGAGAAUUGCGGCGGCUUCUUUCCUCCUCCACUGCACAGCAAAGUGCAGCUGAAGACAGUGCGUCUUCUUCCUCCUCCUCCUCACUCAUACCAGCCGCCGCUGCGAGCCUCAUCUCCAACAUCAGCAGCACCCUCCUGCCUCUCGGCUCUACGCCCUCCACCACCGCCACAAGCCACGCUUCCCUCAGAAGCGUCAGCUCCGACUGCGUGCUGGUGACGCACUGUCCUCUCCGUCUGUUCCCCGUAGAGAAGGACCUCCUGUCUCUUGAGAUUCCCAACUUCUUCAGAGCUUUUCAUGGCCAGGGAGACCCUACCCUCUGCAAGCAAGUCGCAGACACAGUGGUGUCGCUGCAGGAGGAGCUGCAGCAGGGCGUCCUCAUUCCCAACCUCCGGUGUAUCGGCAGCGCAGCCAAAAGCGUUGCAGACUUCCUCAUACGGCGGAGACGCGAGCAGCAGCAGCAACGACUGCAACUCGAGGAAGCCAGUCUAGGGGUUGCUGCUGCAGGCACCGGCCUCCCUGCAGACUUAGUGCCCCCCGUUCACUCCGUGCUUGACGUUACCGAUCUUGAGGGGCCCCCUACGGCCCAAGCGAACGGUCCCCAGGGGGCCCCAGGGGCCAUAGGGGCCCCUGCCCUGGGGAUGGGGCCCCCAAGGGGGCCUCCCGGGAGGCCCGUAAUGCCCCAUAAAGCGGAUAUGCUGGUGGUAUUUGAUAGACGCGCAGAUCUCGUGACGCCUCUCUGCACCACCUUCACCUACGAGGGGCUUUUGGACAGCAUGCUUGGCAUGGAUGGCAGCGGGAUAGAGGUACCGAAGCAUCUUUUACAGCAGCAGCAGCAACAGCAGCAGCAGCAGCACCAUUUAGGCUCCAAGGCUUCUGCAUCUGAGGCGUCUUUUUCAAGUGGCGGCGUGGAAAGGGACCUGGUGAUGAUAGAGCCAGCCCGUCGGCAGCGAGUUUCCCUCGUCGGUGAUUCAUUGUAUGCGGCUCUCAAGAACUUGCACCAAUCGGAGGUUGGCGGUGCAUUGCAUCGGGUGGCUAGCGAUAUCCAGCAAACGUACAGAGAAAAGGAAAGCUUGCGAACCAUUGCGGAUAUCAGUUCGUUCAUGCCCAAAUUCAAGGCAAAGCAGCAAGAGCACUCUUCUUUGAGUCUUCACGUGAAGCUCGCAUCUUUCGUGUCGGCUGUCGCCAAGCAUCCCGCCUACCACCACAGACUUUGCAUUGAAGAUCAGAUACUGCAAGGGGGUGGCACAGGCCCCUCGGGGACCUUUGGGGCCUGCAGUGUGGAGAUGUUUGAAGCGUUAAUCGACGAAUCUGCCGCCACAGAAGCUGCAGCGGCCUCUGGGUGCUGCUCUGCUGCUGCGGCAACCCUCGAUGACGUAUACAGAUUGAUGUGUCUGGCAUCGGUGAUCAACGGGGGGCUUAAGGCUAAGUAUUUGGAGCCUCUAUUGCGCAGUGUUGUUCAGCAGCACGGACUCCCAGAGCUUCGGAGAAUAGCCGCCCUCCAUAAGGUCGGCUUACUUAGGGAGCAGCAAGCGCAGCGAUCCGGGAAGGCCGCUGCUUCUGGCAUGGGCUUGCAGAGGUGGAAGCUCAUAAAGGACAAAUGCAGAUUGAUGGUGGAGGAAGACCAAGCGGCUAGGGAUAUCGCAUACGCAUGUUCCGGCUACGCUCCUCUUUCUAUCAGGCUUCUUCAGCUCCUCCACGAAAGCCCCCUGGGCUGGCGCGCGAUACCUGACAUUCUCAACAGCCUGUGGGGACCUGCUAUGGAAAUUCGCCAGCAGCAGCCCCUCCCGAAGGUGCCUCAGCAGCAGCAGCAGCAGCAGCAGCACAGGGGGGGGGAGGGCAAAGCCUCAGCGGGAGCUUUGGCUGCCUCCAACACCAGCAGCCACACCAGCGGCCCUCUUGUCCCCCCUGGACCGUCUGCAGUCGCCCCCGUGCUAAUACUGAUGCUCUUUUUAGGUGGUGUUUCUCACUCGGAAAUCGCAGCAGUCCGGCGUCUCAACGAGAUAGAGAGGAAGGGAGGCGUCAAGUCAGAACAGCCAGAAGGCUACCGUCAGUAUCUUAUUCUCACCACUGAAAUCCUCACGCCGCGAAAGCUCUUCAAAGGCAUGAUCAACGACGUUGAUUGA